AUGAUACUUGUCAUAGGAGUAGAAGCAGUAGCAGUGCCAAAGUCUCAUAACACAACAGUGUUGAGUAGGAAUGUGGCCCAGGGGCUGGAGCUCUCCUGGGUCACACCUCUCUCCAGCACGUCAGCCUGUGUUGUGGGCCAGAGUGUGACUCUCCCUCAGAAAAACAUCUGUGCUCUUAAAGGGACAGACGUGUACAUUCCCUGCACUUACACAGUGAAUGGUUACACAGUCCAAAGUAAAGAGUGGUACAGGAUUCAAACCUCUGGAGGGUGGGGUAGAGAUCUGAGAACAGACCCCGAGUACAAGACACGUGUGGAGUAUGAUGACUGGAGCUGUGGACUAAGAAUCAAACAACUGAGUCUGAGUGACUCUGGAGUGUAUAACUUUAGAUUUAAAACAUGGAAUAGUGACUGGAUAUCUGAUCCAUCUGGGGUUACGCUGUCCGUGACAGGCAUUGGAAAGAGCUGCUGGAGUGUCACAUACAGACAGAAGAACAUUUGUGCCUUGAGAGGCUCAUCAGUGGACCUGUCCUGUUCUUACACAUACCCAGCCUGGCACACAGUGACUACAACUCUGUGGUUUAAUACAUGGCAGUACUGGGUAGAGCCCACAGACCUGAGUCUGGAUGAAGACUAUGAGGGUCGUGUGGAGUUCAGAGGAGACAAAAAGAGUGACUGCACUCUGAGAAUAAGAGAUCUGAGAGAGAGUGAUGCACGAAAUUAUAAAUUCAGAUUUUUGACCAACCAGGAAGAAGGAAAAUAUUCAGGUACAAGUGGAGUCAGUCUGUCUAUAACAGAUCUGCAGGUGACAGUGACUCCUGACACAGCGACAGAGGGACAGAGAGUAACACUGACCUGUUACACCACCUGCACUCUGAGUAACAACCCUACAUACAUCUGGUAUAAGAAUGGAAAAGCUUUGUCAUCUCCAGACCGUGUAUCCACAGGCUCAGUGUUGUUCAGCAGUGAGGACAGAUACAGCUGUGCUGUAAAAGGUCAUGAGGAUCAACAAUCACCUGCAGUUUAUCCCCCAAAGAACACUAGAGCUUCCAUAAAUUCCUCUGGUGACAUAGUGGAGGGCAGUUCAGUGAUUCUGACCUGCAGCAGUGAUGCCAACCCACCAGUUCACACAUACACCUGGUAUAAGAAGACUGGAGCUGGAACCUCACUGAUCGGAUCAGGACAGAAUUACAGCAUCACUAACAUCAGCUCUGAGGACAGUGGACAGUAUUACUGCAAAACAGAGAAUAUUUUAGGACCAGAGAACUCAACCUUUAUCACAGUUGACGUUUUAUAUCCUCCUAAGAACACAUCAGUGUCUGUCAUUUCCUCUGGCAGUUCAGUGACUCUGAUCUGCAUCAGUGAUGCCAAUCCAGAUGACCCGGUUCCUCUUUAUGACAACAUCAACUCUGCGCUGGCUGUGACCUCUGACUCCACACAGGGAGAGGAUUCAGACAGUCAGGACUACACUAACUGUAUUCAGUUCAGUCAGUCUGACAUUCCUCUGUACUCAACACUCCAACUGCCUCACAGCAGCACACAGGAGGAGGAAGUUCAGUAUGCUACUUUGAAUUUCACUGGGCCCAGUGCUGCCACCCGGAGAGAGGAUACAGCAGUGAUCUACUCUACAGUCCAGAAAGCAACAACCUGA